AUGCUGAAAACAACAACAACAACGAUACAUAUUCGUUCUUAGAAAUCAAAGUGAGCCGCAUCAAUUUCAUAACAGAUAAAUCGAUCAAAGCGAAAACGUCAGCAGCGUCCCUAUACGAAAGCCCUGGGCAACCGAAAGCCUCGACGUCGGCGUCGAGUGUUGGUGUUGCUGUUGGUGCUGUAACAGCAGAAAUCAUCUGGUGGGGUGAGCAGUGGGAGAGAGCAGCAAACGUCAGCGUCAGCAUCAGCUGUGACGCCUGCAGCAGCAGCAGAAGUAACAGCAUUAAAAAGCUCUGCCUUCGCAGACAUCAAAGCACAAGUUGGCAACAAAAACAACAAUACAAAAAUCAGCAUCAUCAUAAUCGUCAUCAGCAUCAUAAUCAGCAUAACAAAUUACGUUAUUGUGUGCGCAGCAAAACCCUCACGUUAUUUUUAGACUUUUUGCGCGAGUGUCCAUCCAUUGAAAUUGUCGGCAGCAGAAGCAGCAGCAAGAAGAAGAGCGACCACGCCUACGAUCAACAAACAACGCCCACAGCAGCAUCGGGAGCAGCACGUUUGCUGCCUCUGCCUCUGCCGGCAGCAAACAACAACGUCAACGGUUGCAAUUUCGAGUAUAAAACCAAAAUUUAUGCUUUAUAUCGUCACGUCCAGAUUAGUGGCACGUCGGGUCAAGUGCAACAGCAACAGCAGCUGAAAGUCGCUGCAAUUCAAUUGCGCUUUAAAAUGCUAUUCGCCGCUGCCGCUGCCAGCGCUAACAAAACCGUACGAAUUGGAGCUGCGACAGUGCCACCACCGCUGCCGCUGCCCCCUCCAGCGUCGACCUCGCUGCCGGCUGCACUGCUGCAGGAUCAUCAGUUGACCAUCAUCAACAACAACAACUACUGUUCUCAGCCGCAGCCGGGCGAGCGCAUUUCAGGUACAGUCAAGUCAAUCGGAUCAGCAAUUGCUGCGCCAGCUAAACUCGAGAUAAUGGAGGCCAUGAAGAAAUUGGAUGCGGAUUUGGUGGCACUAUUUGCCACUGCUGGGGAGCCAGCAAUGGAGCAGCUGAAGAAGCAGCAGCAGCAACUCUGGUCGGAGCAGGAACUCUCGGAACAGGAGUUGCCAGCUGUCGUCAACGGGGAACUGGAUCAGGAUCAGGCUACCCCGGAGCUCUUCAACCAUGUUAAUGCAUUGCAGCUACAUUUGGAGGCGCUCACUCUGCAGGCGGAGGGAACCAAACGCAUGGAGUUGCUUCAAAGCGAAGUUCGUCCCAUUUUCACCGUGGAGUGUCAACUGUCGGAUGAACUAAUUAACGCAGUGCCACGUGCUCCCAUGUUCCACAUCAUGCAAUUCGAAUCGGAGAAAUUCCAAUCUCUCACCCAAUGCACGCGUUUUGGACAAACCCAACAACGGGAGGUGCAUCUGCCCAAGCGGGACAUGGAUCAGGAGAUGGGCAACAUUCAUUUUACAAUCUGGUGGCGUGAACCGGGCACCUGUCUCAACGAGAUGCUCGGCAUGGGAUGUCUGCCUCUGGCCGAGCUCUAUCAGGCAUCCUUGCUGGAGCAAUGUAAAUGCAUUGCCAUUCAACGUCGUGAUGUCCAUUUGGCCAGUUUGUAUCUCAAGAUUAGCUUGAGGGCCGAUCAACAGCUUAUGUUGUUCAAGGCAUUGGCCAAUGAGACCAACAACAACAACAACGGCAGCAGCAGCAACAACAACAAUAGCUACCACAGUGCAGCUGCCGCAGGUGAAUAUUGUCCUGCUUUCUCUUUUGCAGCCAACAAUAAGAACAACAACAGCAAUAACGAGAGCAACAACUCAAAAGCCGCUUCCACGCUGCCGCCGCCAUCUAAAAAUAACAACAAUAACAAAGCCUCAUUGGAGAGCGAUAAUUUCAUGGCCGAGACGACCAAAGUGCGUCUGCUACGUGGCUAUAUCUAUGCCAGCGAGACGCGUCAAUUGUCACCUGCAGAUGCCAACGGUUGCAAGGAGCUGGUGUUGCAACCAUUCUGGCAACCGCAACCUCUGUGCGUCCAAAUGAGUCCACAAGGUGACUUCCAGCUGCAGGAACAGUUUGCCAUCAUUAACGAUGAGAAGUUUCUGCACAGCGUGGAGCGGCAGCAUCUGGUUGUGGAAUUGCGUCCACUUGGCGGCAAGGUGAAGCUGCCACUGCAUCAAUUCUACAUUGCCUACAAAGAUGCCAGCAUUACGAAUCAUCUGUGCAAGGGCAAGCUGCCCGUCAUCUCCAUUGAUGGUUGGACGCCUAUUUUGCAUCCCGAGACGCAGGCACAGCUGGGCGAGCUUAAGGUGCUUCUGGCAAUUGGCAGUGAGUCGCAAAUAGCCCAAUUAAAGCAACUGCGUGGCUUUGACCCGGAUAAUAAUCAACAGCCGCUGAGACGCACCACUGAUCUGCUGGACAUGCUGCAGAACGCACUCAGUGCUCCUGCAACGACUGCUCCAGCAAAGCCCGCUGCCACUGCACCCUCGACUGGCAGUCAGUUGAGCUUCACAUUGCAUAUUGUGCGCGCUGCCGGAUUGCCUUUGAAUCCGGGCUAUGGCAAAUCCGGCAAAAAGCAGGCCAAACGUCAGGCGGCUGCCAAACGUUUUCCGCCCAACGAGCCGCCCAACACGUAUGUGACCUUUCAGGCGCUCAGCUGCAAUGCACAGACUUAUAAGUCGCACGAGGGCUUGGUCUAUGCCACGCCCAUUGUGGAACGUUCAACAACACCGCAAUGGAACAGCAAAUUCCAAGUUACAGUUGCCGCCGAUUAUCUAAGCAAUACCCAAAAGCUUUUCGUUUUAAAGCUUUGGAAGAAGACAGCAUUGAGUGCCGGCACAAGCACAGAGCCGACGCCUCUGGAGGAUGCCAUUAUUGGUUUUGCCGCCUUGAAUCUUAAUCGAAGCAGCACUGGGGGAUUUCCCAGCGGUUGGCACAAUAUUGUUGACUUCAAUGGUCGUGUAACGGGCGGUUUGGAGAUUCAUGUGCAGCCGCUGCCAGGUGGCGCCACCUCAACGGGCAAUGUUGACAGUGCCAUUGAUCAGUUUGAGCAAUCCCUGGAACUCCGGCAUUUGCAGCUGGGCCAGGCUAUUAAGCGUAAGUUUACGGAGUUGGAGCAAAUCUCGAAUAGAUUGCGUACGCGUCUAGUUGAUGUAACCGGAGAGUCGUUGCAAUCUCCACAGUUCGAUGUGGAUGCCGCAUUGGACAACUGGCUGCCAGACGAAAUGCAGCAGUGUCAUGAGGAUGAUGAGCUGGUUGCGGAUUUUGAGCGUGCAUUGCGCACACCAACGCCACCGCCAGCUGCAUCAGAUGCAGCAGAGUCGACAACAUUAACAGCGGCCACACCCACCGCACAAAGUCCUCCUCCAGCCGAGGCUGGCAAGGAAUAGCCCAAGCUAAGGCUCAAUUUUUUAGCAUAUACAUAUAGUCAAAACUUUUUCACACACACUCUCUCUCUCUCUCUUGAUGUCUAUGAAACAGGCUCAAACGUAGUUAUAUGAUCUUUAGAUAUCCAUCUUUAUAUACGCAAUUAUAUAAAACCUAGUUAUAUAUUAUCAUGUGCUGUACUUAAAUUGGCAACCGUUUGCCUUCAUUCACUCACCUUUCAAUAUGGCUGUCUUUAGCAAGAAAUCAAAGCUUGAAAUCAAAUGAUCACCUGGCGAUCGUUUUCUUUUCACUUGUCAACAAUCAAAUAAACAAUAAUUAAUAAUUGUUUAAGUUAAACUGCGUUAUUCACAACAUCCGACAGCAGAUCCCCAAAAAUAAAACACCUAAUUUGGCAUCAGUUGCCAUAUAUGUAUUAGUUUUGAAACUGUGUUAAUCACCUAAGUAUUUAGUCACUAUUACUUAAUACAUAUUAAAUGCUAUGCAACAAAUU